CAGCGCCGGAAGCGCGAUGUCGGCGGCGUGGCGCGGGGGGCCCGGGCCAGCGGCGGCCAAGGCGGGCGCGGCGGCCCGCGGGCCCGGCCGAAAUCGGAGAUGCAGACCCAUUCUGCUGCGCAGCAUCGUCGGCAGCAUCCAGGAGGGACGAGGAUUUGCAUUUCAGAGGAAACAAAAGAUUGAACGACAGUACAGGAAGUUAUUGAAAAAGAGAAGACAAGUGCAUUCACAACAGGGUGAUCAGUUUACUGAUACCUAUCCAGAACACUUGAAACAUCUUUACCUUGCGGAGGAAGAAAAGCUGAAGAAGAGGCGGAGGACUCCAGAUGAUUCAGUGUCAUCAGAAGAAAAGCUUAAUACAGCAGCAGAGUCAGGUGUGACUCAGGUGAAGUUUAAAAAUAAAACAUCCAAUCAGAAGGCAAAAGAAGAGUAUGAGAAAAUAAAGGCUGAGCAGGCUAGAAAGAAAGAGGAAGCAGAAAAAAGAAAAAAACAAAGAGAAGAAGCUCAACGUUUGUACAAGAGAAAGAAAAUGGAAGCUUUUAAAAUACUCAGUAAGAAGACAAAGAAAGGACAGCCAAAUCUAAAUUUACAAGUUGAAUUUCUUCUUCAGAAAAUAGAGCAAAAUACAUAACCCCUGCAUGUAUUUAAAUUAGCUGAGGACAUUUUAUUAAAUUACUUUUAAUAAAUAAUGUCUUUUUGCUUCCGUAUUACUUUUGUUAUUUUCUUGUUUUAUCUCAUCAGUCCAGUAAUGAUAUAGUCAUCCUGAAAAUAUGUAUUCUAUGCUCAGAGUGAAAGGGAUCUGGUGCCUUGAAAAUAAAUGCUCUGCAUUUCUAAACUUAAA